AUGAGGCGUGGAACAUCCGAGAAGGACGAGCCAAAAAGAGAGGGCCGCGGACGCGGUGGGCUCUGGGAAUUGCUCGACCUCAAGAAGAUGGUGACUUCGGCCAAGGGCCGCGCGACAGAGGUCGUUGUUGACUUCAUCAAGAACAAUCUGCUUGAAACCAAGCUCAUUUUCGUCUUUGGCAAGACCGGCGCGGGUAAAUCCACCCUACUCAGGGAACUGACUGGCAUGGACGUCAAGGUCGGCAACACUCUCAAUUCCGGCACCCGCAACUACGAAAUCUGCCCCGGCUACAUCCACGACGAGAAAUACAUUUUCAUCGACACCCCCGGCUUCGGCGCCGCCGACAUGAAUAACGAAGAAACCAUGAAAGACAUCGCAAGCUGCCUCAUGGUCCUCGGCCCCUUCGUCACCAUUGCCGGCGCCCUCUUCGUCUACGACGCCGGUUCCGACCGGCUCGGCCAAGACGAGGAACGCACAAUCCGCUGGUUGCAAUGCUUCUGUGGGCCGGAUUUCUUCCGCAACAUCACUGUCGUCAUUACCAAGUGGGAUAAACUCUCCCCCAAGGCUGUUACGAAAGCCCAAGGACGGAUUGAUGCCCUCCUCGAGGGUGCAGAGAAUGACCCCUAUGCCGAGGAGGAUUCCAGCACUGGCACCACUCCCAGCAACAACAGCCUCUCCAACCUCUUCUACCCUCACCCUCCUUACGUCGGCGCGCACAUCUACCACCACGGCCUUCUCGACCAACCCACCCCCAUCGUCAGCGCCACGACUCUCGAACCCCUCGACGUGGAAGAAGACCCCGGCCUCCGUUGCGAUCGCGCCAAAGACAUGAUUCACCGCCGAUACGCUAGCACCUCCAAACCGCCCGCUCGCCUCCAAAUCCAGCAGGAAAUGGACGAGUUCACUCCACUCGGCGAGACCCAGGCUAUGAAGGUGUUGAAGGCAGGGGAUAUGACCAGGACGAGGGUGGGGAUUGAUAACGGGCGGGCUGUGGUUGUUACUCUUCCGACACGGGACGACAAUGAUGAUGAUGACGAGUCAAGCAAUAACCUAUACACGCCCGGCACGGACGACGGUGCGUUGAUUCCUGUAUCCGUCCCCGCCAGCGACACCACCAUUACCAGUAGCAAGAGCAGCAGCAAAACCGUCGUGGCUAACGUCAAAAACAAAGACAGGGCCGACGACAACGAGAAGGACAACGACAACAAAGCCGUAGCCGCGCAGACAAAGUGGAUGGAGGAUGUCGGCGCGAAACCCGAGGGCGGCCGGUUCUGGGAAUGGUUUGGCAUCGCGGGGAAGAUGGCCAUGUUCUUUUCGCAGGCCGUGGGGCAGGGGUUUGCGGGGAUGGCGAUGGCGUGUGUGGAGGAGGUCAAGAAGUGGUUUUCUUGA